CCUCAAACGACCCAAAGGGUGAUGUGCGCGUGGCAUACCUAUGGUAUCUUAGGGAUUGCAUGGCAUGCUUGGGUGCGGAACGAAAAAACCAAGAUAGGUUUCCUUUGGACAUCGACAUUGUUGUUGCCUAAUACACAGUCGUACCUGUCGUGUUCUGCUCUACUUUGAACUUCCAGAUCUUGCCACUUAGCUGAAAAGAUAGAUAAGCCAGAGUAGCACGUCUCGUAUGUACGAAAUGCUUGUGCUUUGCGGUCGGCGCAACCUUUCACCCAUUGGGUCUACCACGUAAGCACCUAGUACUCCCUGUACUACCUUGGUUAGCAUAUACGACUAGUACACAGGCCUUUGGAGACUAUAAGAUACAGUAUCGAGUCUUCUUUCGCUUGCAUUACAAUCUAAAGAGACUUGAGCCAUCACAAUGGCACCUUCGUACCUUAUCACGGCGGCCAACGGCCACAUCGGAAUGCGGCUCAUACCGCUGCUCCUGGCGCAUCCAUCUCAGCCCACACUUGUCCUUCCGACCAGCAAUUCAGCACGUCUUACAUCUUCAAUGCCGGCCAAUGUGGACAGGUCCAGAGUGCACAUUUUGGAAGGCUCCGUUCAGGACCCCAUGUUCGUUGAAGCGGCUAUCAAGGAUCACAACGUGACCGCAGUCUUCCUCUGCCUUACCGGACCCGACGAGCUUUUCACCACCUUCAACUUUUUGGACUGUAUAAGACGAUCUGGCACAGUAAAACACCUCGUCUACGUGUCUGCCGCCAGUGAUCUUAGCCUGGAGGCACAGCAGAGCGGCCUCCUCAAGGACAUUUAUUGCGCACACGUGGCCGUCAAGUUUAUCGUCGAGGCGAAAAUUAUGCACGGACUGCUCCCGCGAGAACAGAAUGGAGGGCUCAGCUGGACAAUCCUUGGCCCUACGCUGUUUUUCAGCAAUGACCUUAGUGUCCAGCGCGAGAUGCUUGAGGAAGGGUUGUUUGAUGAGCCUCUCGGAAGCAAAGGUGUGAGCCGCGUAUCAGAGAAGGAUGUCGCACUCGCAGCUGUGAAGGCUCUGGAAGAUGAUGGGAAACAGUGGGGCGGGAAGAAGAUCAUGAUCGGCAGUCUGCAAACGUAUACCAAUCAAGACACUGCGCGGUUGUGGUCGCAGGCUUUGGGCAGAGAUAUUAGCCCCACCCUCAGCGACAAGGCUUCACUCGACGAAUGGGAGCCUCGCUUCGCGAAAAAGGUAGGUCAUGCAUGGGGAAGAGACGUGAGGCUCAUGUAUGAGAUUUUUGAGGAGAUGCCAUUUGGUAUGACCGAGGAGCAGUACAAGGAGCAAGUUGUGCUGUUGGGAAAAGAGGCGGACAGUUACGAGGAGUUUGUCGAGACAACAAGCAGGGAGUGGAAACAGUAGUACCUCAUAAACAGCACGGUUGCCUCGCAGUAGGACGAGAUUGGCAUCCCGAACCACUACUCUUUGUAUUGCCAUAUCGUGGUCCAUAGCCCUUUGCCCUGCUAUAGCCCUGCUUUGUAUGCCAUGGGGACAUGCCGGAUUCA